UCCAGCAUAUCAGUCCACAGACGUGUAUAGCUGACGACUUUGCGUGAGCAUUAGAUCACCAUCACUGUCAGUGCAAACAACAAUUAUAAUAGACAUCAAAUCCAGCGUGUAUGACCUCCACAUCAGCAUCUGCACUUGUGCAAGAGCUAGACGACGCACCCGACGUACUCACAUGGCUUAACGACACACUCACACCACAAGACAAUCAUGUUCCACUCGCUUCUCUCGAGUCGCUGUUGGCAGACCUGCUGACCGCCACAGACCUCUCAGCAGUGACGACUUCAGCUGCGCUCGAACGCACAAUCGAUGAAGUGUCACACAGUGCUCCUCGUCUCACGUAUGAUCUCCAUUUUAUGCGUGAUGGUGCCCUCUCCCUACACUCUGCUCUUGCCACCGUCACUGCCCGUAUCCCAGCUGAAACGGGCACUUCUGCUGCUCUUGACAAGUUGCAAACUCUUGACACUGCAAAACGACGGAUGGAAGCUGUGAGGGAUGUACUGCGUGAAGCAGAGUCGUGGUCCAGCUUAGAGGCUGAAGUCACUGCAUUGCUAGCGGAACGGGCAUAUGACAAGGCUGCCGAGAGAUUGAGCGAGGCUAGCAGAAGUAUGCCUGUGUUUGCGGGAACUCCGGAGUAUGAGCCUCGUCGUGCGUUGAUGGUAUCCCUCCAAAACCAACUCGAGGCUGCCCUCAGUUCCGCGUUGGUCGGUGCAAUCAACUCGGGCGAUACGGCACUUUGCAGGAACUUCUACGGGAUAUUUUCCAACAUACAGAGGGAGAGUGAGUUCAGGAACUAUUACUUCGGGUCUCGGAGAGCAGGGCUUGUUGCUUUGUGGCAGAGCGAGGUUUUGGAAGACACGGAACCGUCAGUGCUGCCGGGACAGACGUUCAGCGCCUUCUGGGCAACUUUUUGCGCCAGUUUCCUAGCCGUCCUCAAUGCAGAGCGCACGUCUAUUCCCGCCAUCUUUCCUGAUCCUCAGAUCACGCUCUCAACAUUCAUUACUUCCACUUUGUCCAUCCUGCAGCCUUCGUGUCCUCAGCGUCUUGCGUCCCUCUUCAACACCACCGGUUCAUCUGCUCUCAAGGAUGUCAUAGCCAUCUACAAAACGACAGAGGAGUUCGCGGUGAGCACAAACAAAAUUAUGGAGAAAAUACAGUUCUCUGUUAUCCCUGCGGACAGUACUUUGGAUGGUCCUUUGCCUCCGAAGCACAUCCGCCGCCGGUCCAUGCGUAUGUCCAUGUCCUGGCGAUCGAAUUCGGCCACGAAUUUUUCACGGGCGCAGCAGUCAACACUCAAUGAUGUACUUGAUUGGGACCAAACACUCUUCCAGGCGUUUCUAGACUUUCAAGUCGACUAUGGAACACUGGAGCGGCGUAUCCUAUCUGAUGAGCUAUCCUUCGCCUCCACACUCACCCCUAACAAGAACUCAGGCACUGACCGAGCUCGCCUUCUUCGCGAGCGCGCGGUCGAUGUAUUUAGUGCCGCAGAGGAAAGCCUUGUACGCUGCAUGUCCUUCACGUAUGGAUAUGCUGCUCCAGGACUCAUAUCUGCAUUGGACUCGUCUCUCGCUUCAUUUGUUGACUCCUGGACCCAAUCACUGACUGAAAAUAUUUCUGCCCCCUCGGGUGUCCCAAUGGAAUCCGGAGAUGACCUCGCAGAUCUGGAUUACUCCCCGCAGGACUGGAGCAAUAUACAACUCGUCUUGCACCUCCUCGCAUCUACACGAGCGGUACUUGAUCGACUCAGAACUUUUGAGAGUAAGCUGCGAGCUGCACUCGUGCAGAUCGCCACAGCAUUCCGACUGGCACAGCACGAAGGCGGGGUGUAUACACCUGGUGCAACCAAGGGUGCUGGUUCGCUCCUGGCGCAAUCCUCUCUGAAUAGCGCAGCUUUGCAUGAUCUCUUAUCAUCCACAGAAUCCCAACCCCCUGUUCCACUACUCAUUACAACGCGGACAUCCAUUGCGUCCCUUGCCAGAGCCCUUCAGUCCUCCCUCCAGCAUACCCUUCUUGCCCCCUUGCAUGCACAUCUCUCAUCCUAUGCAUCCCUUGCGCUCUGGGCGGUACCGGGUGAUCCAAAGUCCAUGCGCACAACUGGUGAUUUGCACGUGCCUGUCUUUUCGCUUUCCCCUAGCGAUAUCGUUCAACACGUUGCGGAGGGGCUGUUGAAUCUCCCGCGGCUCUUCGAGGUAUAUGCAGACGAUGAUGCACUAUGCUUCUCGCUAAACACACUCCCGAAUGUUGAUGAAGCAUAUCUGAGCGGUCUGAGUGAACACAUGCAUGCCCAGUCUUCUGAGCUUGGGCACAACCGACGAGCUUCGCUCGUCUUGCCUCCCAAGCCGGUAGUGCUGAGCCCAGAGGCAGUUGCAGCAGCCUGGCUGUCCUCCCUCGGACAUUCUAUCCUAUCCCAUCUUACCAGCAGCGUCCUGCCGAAGAUCCGUACGCUUUCUGUUGCAGGAGCCGCACAACUCUCAUCGGAUCUUGGUUAUUUGUCGAAUAUUGUGAGGGCACUCAAUGUUGAGUAUGAGGAAUUGGAUAGGUGGAAAGAAUAUGUUGGGAUGAACGACGAGGAAGGAAGUCAGGUGGUUGUGGAGAAAUUACCUGGAGAUCAGGUGUUAGUGCUAGUAGCGAAGAUGAGAGGUUGGACAUGAUGAUGCUGAAGUUUCUUUUGCCUCUUGUCUCAACCAGAUGUAUGCUUAAGUCUAACUACAGAGAUGAAAAAUCCAGCUGAAAUGACGAAAU